AUGAAUUUCUAUUUUCAAGCCGCUAAGACUCUCGAUCGUCUCGACGCAAAGCAAGGCUCGAUUAAGGGCACUCUGGCGACGCUCCCCGAGAAAGACAGGAAACGAACUGCGGCCCUAGUCAUCGAGACUCUCAAAUACAAGGCAGUCCUAACCGAUGUCGUCGUUGCUUCGAAACUAUUGAAAGAAGAAAAGAAAAUCACGACCCUCAACCUCGCCUUAGUCCUGGUACACGACCUUCUGCUCUCGAACGGCAUUGAAGCGGGGGACGGCCCGAUAAAGGCAGCUAUCCUCCGGCACAAAACCAGACUUCACAGCGAGUUCCAAAGACUCAAGAUUAAACGGGGUGCGAAGUCGAACCAAGAACUGGCCCAACCGGAGGAUCCUCGAGCAGUCAAGAUUCCCCGUUACGUACGAGUCAACACCCUGCUCUGGACCGCGGAGGAAGCAAUCCAGUCAUUCAUCUCUCGCGGAUUCACACCGUCGGAGUCUCUCCGUGCAUCACUUUAUUCUCCUUUCAGAAAAGAGUUUGCCCAAGAUCAACACGUUCCGAAUCUUUUUCUGUUCUCCUCGCAGACCCAGUUCCAGGAGGACCCUGCGUACAAGGCCGGGAAGCUCAUUCUCCAAGACAAGGCCUCAUGCUUCCCCGCCCUCGUCCUGGCACCACCAUCUUCGGAUGACGGCGCGGUCAUCGAUGCUACGGCCGCUCCUGGCAAUAAAACCUCACAUCUCAGUGCGCUAAUGAAGGGUAAAGGCAGGCUUUUCGCAUUCGAACGGGAUCAGAAGCGUUUCUCCACGCUGCAGGGAAUGCUCAGAAAGGCCGGGUGCAAAAACGUAGAGACCAUCAACGCCGAUUUCUUGAGUGUGUCUCCUGAUGACAAGAAGUACGCUGCCGUAACACACAUUCUGCUGGAUCCUUCAUGCAGCGGAUCUGGCAUCGUAAACCGAUUAGAUUAUCUCUUGGAACGAGAGGAUGAGAACGAAGCAGUAGAUACAGAGCGCCUGAACAAGCUCUCCGGGUUCCAACUUAGCAUGAUCAGACAUGCCAUGAAAUUUCCCGGGGUCGUUAAGAUCGCCUACUCGACUUGUAGUAUUCACGCAGCAGAGAACGAGCGGGUUGUAUGCCAGGCACUAAAUUCUGAGGAGGCCCAGGCUUCCAACUAUAAGCUCGCGCCGAAGGAAAUGGUUUUACCUGAUUGGCCCCGUAGGGGCAUUCCUGAAGAAAUGGAUGAUGCUGAACAAGCCCCGUCUGUCAUACGUUGUCGUCCUGGGGAUGAUGCCACGAAUGGGUUCUUCGUGGCAUGCUUCAUCAAGUCUGAACAGCGUGAGAUAAGGGACAUCGGCGCCAAUACUGAGAAAAGGAAGGCGCAAUCCGGUCUCGACGAUACACAUGAGGACGUAACUCCAGCGCGCAAUGAUAAUGCCGAUGGGAAGCGCAAGGAAAAGGGGAAGAAAAGACGGAGAACCUCUUGA